UUUUUUUUGUUGCACAAGAUCCACUAAAUCCACUCGCCUGUUCUACCAACCUCUUUUGUUCACAGCCCGCUCUCGGUUACCGCUAAAAUACGGACAACGUGUAUCUAGCUAGUUACCGGGGAAUAACAUAAAGCUAGUAAACGUCAUACAGUGUGUUGUUUUGGGGUACUGCCGACUGCUUUGAAACUAAGUGAAUGAAAGCUUUGCAGAACGUGAGCGACAUGAGUUCCGACGCUAAGCCCGAGCCUAAAAAAGGCAAAAUGGAGAAUGAAAGCAAAUAUCUCCCUGAGCUUCUGGCAGAAAAAGACAGCCUGGAUUCGUCAUUUACUCACGCAAUGAAACUGAUAUCUGCAGAGAUUGAAAGGAUUCAGAAAGGAGAGUCAAAGAAAGAGGCAGAAAGAGAAACAUACUUGGACCUGUUUACCACAAAGAACAUCAAGGUCAAAGAACGUGUGCUAAUUCCCGUCAAGCAGUACCCAAGGUUCAACUUUGUUGGUAAGAUCCUGGGACCCCAGGGGAACACGAUCAAGCGACUCCAGGAGGAAACAGGAGCAAAGAUCUCCGUGUUGGGCAAAGGUUCCAUGAGAGACAAGGCGAAGGAGGAAGAGCUGAGAAAGGGCGGUGAGCCCAAAUAUGCUCAUCUGGGCAUGGAACUGCAUGUCUUCAUAGAGGUGUUUGCCCCCAUACCUGAGGCAUACCUGCGCAUGGCUCAUGCAAUGGAUGAGGUCAAGAAAUUCCUCAUCCCUCAGGACACCAUGGAUGGUAUCUGCCAGGAUCAGUUCAUGGAGAUUGGCUACCUAAAUGGAGGUCAGGACUCACAAUCCAGGGGAAGAGGGGGCCCCCCAGGCAGGGGCAGGGGAGCACCCCCACCCAACUCUGCAGGAGCCAGGGGGCGAGGAAUGCCACCUCGUGGAGGAGCCCCUCGUGGUGGAGCUUCCCGAGGAGGGCCACCCAGGGGUGGGUCCACCAGAGGGGCUCCAGCUGGUCGGGGUGGACCCCCCUCCACACCCGCUAGAGGAGGCACAGCUCAACGUUCCAGACCCCCCGCACAAGGGACGCAAAGGAUGCUCCCGUCCCCAGCCCACUCCCACCAGCAGCACCAUCAGCAGCACCAACAUGCGCAACCACCCAAGGCUGAGGCCUAUGAUGAAUAUCCUGCCUAUGAAGAAAGCUAUGCUGAGCCUGCAUAUGAAGGUUAUGACAGUUAUUACAGUCAACAACCUCCACAAGCGGAUACAGAGUACUAUGACUAUGGACAUGGAGAGGCUCAGGAGGCCUUUGAACCCUAUGCCCAGGACGAUUGGGAGGGUUCGUGGCCCACCACUGGAGGCAAAGCCACUCCUGCAAGGCAGGAUAAGCGGGGGUCCUACAGAGAGCAUCCAUACGGAAGAUACUGAACGGCUCUGGUAGAGGGUUGCCCUGGCAACUGUCUUCCAUUGUAAAUCACUUUUAACUCUCUGAAGUAAUUUCCCUCUUUUUCUUUUAAUUUUUAAAAAAUGGUUUGGCUCUGGUAGAGGGUUGCCCUGGCAACUGUCUUCCAUUGUAAAUCACUUUUAACUCUCUGAAGUAAUUUCCCUCUUUUUCUUUUAAUUUUUAAAAAAUGGUUUGAGAGCAGGGUAAUUGGAUGUAUCGCAUCGAGUGGGCGUAGCAAGCAAAUGCAAGGAUUUUGAUAAGAAGUUUCAUUCAAUGUUUGUUUCCACUGCAUCUUUGAGUUAAGAUCUAAUUUAAUGGUUGCUUGAAGAUUUUUAAAAAAAAUAACAAAAAAAACUUGAUACCUUGUGUAGUUUAAUGUUCAAAAAUGUUAUUUCAGUUUGUCUGUCAUGAGAGGAUUCAGUGGCAGUUGCAGACUCAUUUAGGCUGCAUUUCAAAAGUAUUUUUAGCUCAUAAACUUGAUCAAUGACAUCAAUGUAACAUCGGCAACUUAGAAUGAAUGGGGAAGAACCUAAAUAAAUUUCUGGACAAUUUUUUUGGUAUAAUCUAAAAUUCCAUAGGUUCAAUUUUUUUAUUUUUCUUAUUGAGUUUUGAAAUCUAUCCUUAUUAGACACUUGAGACGGUCUGUCCUAAAAUAUCUCGAGUCAUUUCAAUUUGACUUGAUUGUGUAGUACAUUCUACUAUAGAUAUCUUUUGCGAUUGGCUUACUUUAGUCUACAUCUUAUUGGGCUGACUGAUGGAAAUUCUGGUGAAUUAUUCUAUUUUGUGUCCUACCAAGAUUUGGACAUGGUCUUUGUGUAAGAACGGCAGCCAACUCAAUAUUAUGUACAUAAACUAAGGACAAUUGUAUUGCUAUCUAAAGUUGUGCAGUCUCCAAAAUGCAUAGUGCUAUAUGUGUACUCUUGCCUAAAUAGGAUACUAAAUAUAUCCACAAAUGUUUUGCUGCAGUGCGUUGUAUCAAUAAAGCCUCAUUUGUUUUUGUUUUUUAUCCAACUAAACCUGGUAUUUUGCUUUUGUUGUAUAGUAAUGCCUUCCACUAAUAAAACUGAUCCUCAUUUUGAGGUUCUUCACAAAACUCAAAAACAA